UUCUGCAGUCUGGUCGACAGGGGUCGCGGGUGAAACCACCCUGGUUAUCACGUCGACUCCUGUACGUCACUGCGUCGAGCAGAAAGAGAGAGAGGGGGAGUCCGAUAGAGAGAGAGAGAGGGAGGGAGACAGAGAGAUUUAAAGAUGAGAUUAUAACGGGUUUGGAUUCAUAACCCGAACGACAGUCGAUCAGUGCUGGGCUCUGGGCGGAGAGGUGUAUGAAGAGGACCGGAGCAGAGCGCUGUACCGCGGGCAGGUAGCGGAGGCGGCGGCGGAGGAGGAGGAGGCGCAGGGGGAGCAGCUGGAUCUGGAGAAGGAAAACAACAUGGCCGCUGUGGAGCUCGAGUGGAUCCCCGAGACGCUGUACAACACCGCGAUAUCAGCCGUGGUGGACAACUACAGCCGCUCGCGGAGAGACAUACGCUCCCUGCCAGAGAACAUCCAGUUUGAUGUCUAUUAUAAGCUUUACCAGCAAGGCCGGCUUUGCCAGCUGGGAGGGGAGUUCUGUGAGCUUGAGGUCUUUGCCAAAGUCCUCCGAGCCUCUGACAAAAGACACCUCCUGCAUCACUGUUUUCAAGCCCUGAUGGAUCAUGGUGUAAAGGUGGCUUCAAUCCUGGCUAACUCCUUCAGUCGUAGAUGUUCGUACAUCGCAGAAUCAGAUGCUCAUGUUAAAGAGAAAGCCAUCCAGUUCGGCUUUGUUCUAGGUGGUUUUCUGUCUGACGCCGGCUGGUAUGGGGAUGCGGAGAAAGUCUUCCUCUCCUGUCUCCAGUUGUGUACAUUACAUGAUGAGGUUUUGCACUGGUAUCGUGCAGUAGAGUGCUGUGUGAGGUUGCUUCAUGUGCGUAAUGGCAACUGCAAAUAUCACCUGGGAGAGGAGACCUUUAAACUGGCCCAGUCUUACAUGGACAAGCUGGCCAAACAUGGCCACCAUGCUAAUAAGGCUGCCCUUUAUGGGGAACUGUGCGCUCUACUCUUCGCCAAAAGUCACUAUGAUGAGGCAUACCGGUGGUGUAUAGAGGCCAUGAGAGAGAUCACUGUCGGUUUGCCUGUGAAAGUGGUGGUUGAUGUCUUGAGACAAGCCUCAAAGGCAUGUGUUGUCAAGCGGGAGUUCAGGAAAGCAGAACAACUGAUAAAACAUGCAGUAUUUCUAGCACGGGAACAUUUUGGACAUAAACACCCAAAGUACUCAGACACACUGCUAGAUUAUGGAUUUUAUCUACUUAAUGUGGAUAACAUCUGUCAGUCUGUUGCCAUAUAUCAGACUGCCCUUGAUAUUCGGCAGUCUGUGUUUGGAGGGAAGAAUAUCCAUGUGGCUACGGCGCAUGAGGACCUAGCAUACUCCUCUUAUGUGCACCAGUACAGCUCUGGUAAAUUCGACAAUGCACUAUUUCACGCAGAACGUGCCAUAGACAUCAUAACCCACAUUCUCCCAGAGGACCAUCUGCUGCUGGCCUCCUCCAAGAGGGUGAAAGCACUGAUCCUGGAGGAGAUUGCCAUUGACUGCCAUAAUAAAGAGACAGAAGAGCGCCUUCUGCAGGAGGCCCACGAUCUGCACCUCUCCUCCCUACAGCUGGCCAAAAAAGCCUUCGGCGAGUUCAACGUCCAGACAGCGAAACACUACGGCAACCUAGGCCGCCUCUAUCAAUCCAUGCGCAAGUUCAAGGAGGCUGAGGAAAUGCACAUUAAGGCCAUCCAGAUCAAAGAGCAGCUGCUGGGACAGGAGGACUAUGAAGUAGCUCUCUCUGUGGGGCACUUAGCCUCCCUUUACAACUAUGACAUGAACCAAUACGAUGACGCUGAGCGCCUCUACUUGCGCUCUAUUGCUAUCGGUAAGAAGCUGUUUGGGGAAGGCUACAGUGGACUGGAGUACGACUACAGAGGCCUAAUCAAGCUUUACAACUCUGUGGGCAACUACGAGAAGGUGUUUGAAUACCACAACAUCCUGUCCAACUGGAACCGUUUGCGGGACAGGCAGUUUGCGGUGGCCGACGCACUGGAGGACGUCAAUACCAGCCCCCAGGCCACGGACGAGGUGGUUCAGUCCUUCCUGCUCUCACACAGCCACGCCGCAGGACGCUCUUGUAUGGGCUAAUGACAGAAUCGUGCACUCUUCUUCACUCACUCCUCAUUUACACAUGUACACAUUUUCUCCCACCCUCUCACACACGUUUCGCUUGGAUUUGUUCACAUCUGACUACACAUAGCAGGGAGAGGGGGCCGGCUCCUGAGCUGCAAGAUCACUCAUCUAUGCCCUGUUCACACUCAUGAACCCUGAGGAAAGGACUCCUGUGGGAUAAAAUGAUAAGAAAAAAAAACAGCCUUCUGUCAGCACCAUCAGACUUAAGAAGAUAUGACUAUAUUUAUGUGACUUUCUAAAGAGAGAAAGAGAAAAAUAAGAAAAAAAAACACAGAGGGUAACCUAAUAUAGAUUUGCUUAUUAAAAGGUAAAAUGCCCAUUCUUUUGUUUGGGUUUUUUUUUUUUUUUUUUUUCUUUUUUUAAACAAACCCGAAGCAUUGCUCCACACAUCCACACCACUGGAAUACUCUACCUACCAGUGCUCUGAAACAGCCCUGGAGGACAUAAAGCUUCUCCGCUCCUUUUUAAACAAGACAAGUGAAGGACAAAUACAUGUGCACUUGCAUUUCUGUUCCUAUGAAGGUUGAUGCUUUUCGCUUUUCUUCAUUAAGGAUUACAUGUGUCUGUGUGUGUGUGUGUGUGUGCAUUAUUUUGGCAAGUAUGAAGAGCCCUGUGUUACUUUUUCUUCUGAAACUGGCUUCUUUCUUCUGCCAUGAAGAAAUUGAUGGUUUCUCUGGACCAGUGGAUUACUAAUAUGCGCUAGAUUUGAUUUGUUUUUGUACUCUACAUACAAACAUAUAUACUAGUACAGACAGCUUAAUUUAAAAAUGCCAAUUUUUAUAUGCAAGCUGUGCUAUAACCUUUAGCUGUGUCACUGCAAGUGGAUGAGCCAAAAUGACUUCUAUUAAAACAGCAGGUGAGACUUUGACCUUAAUCAAUUUGAGUGAAUAUAGAGCAGCUUUGAUUCACUGACCAUGGCCCAAAGACACACACACACACACACACACACACACACACACACGUGUACCCACACAUACACUUAAUGAUGAUGGCCAGCUCUAAUUGGUCAUCAUCAUAAUCCAUUCAGAGCUCCAUCCAGCCAUGCACUGCAUUGGUUAAGACCUUUGGCCCUGUACCAACUGUCAGGGGAUCCAUAGAAAACAAAAAGAGCUGAUCGCUGCAUCUGGCUUUGUUGGGAGGCACCACUACAGAGGGACCAAUUGUGUUGAGGGGCGUGCUUCUGUCUGUAUGAGCUCGGCUUACAGCACGUGUGAGUACUGUCAUCGUGGUAGACCUGGUGGUGACCUGGUGGUAGCAGCUUGGUGUACAGUGUAGGGGACGAGUUGAAGUCUAAUAUCUCCAUCUGGAUGAUUCACUGAUUUCUACUCUCUGUGUUUUGAAAUCCACAAAUGUAAAAAAAAUGAAGGCUUCCAGCAAGGCUUUGCAUUAAACAAAUUUACACAAAUUUACACAAAUGUAUGUUACAUCAGAAAAGACAGACAGUAUUCUUAAAGACAGAUUUCCAGAUACACACACAUGCACACAUUCUGUAGGACUGUUGUUGAAUGAUUUCUUUGUCCUAAGCGACAACAAUAGCAUAUAUUGUGAAGUCGAUACUCUCGUACAUACAUGCAUACGUCCAUAUUUUUAAAAUGAAAAAAAGCAUGUGUGCCUGAAUGUGUAUAAAUAAUUUCAAGUGCGGAUGGCUAGGUGUUGUGUGUUUGUAGAUAUAGAACAAUCGGCCGUAACUUUAUCACCACCUGCCAAAUAUUGAAGACCUCCCCCUUGUGCUGCCACAAUAUAUUUGACAAAUUGAGGCACAGAGAUCAUAAGACCUCUGAAGGUGUCCUAUGGUAUCUGCCACCUGAGCCUUAGGUGCCCAUGACCCUGUUACCCUGUGGUUCACAAGGUACUGACCACUGCAUACCAGAAAAUAACCCACAGGACAUGCUCUGAUAUAGCCACAGUUGGAUAUUUAUUGGGUAUAUCCCACCCCAUUGACAGUCGCCACUGCAUAUAAUGAGAACCAAUGUUUUUUUGUUCUUUUUUAACUUUACCAGUGGUGUGUCUUAAUGCUAUGGCUGAUUUGUGUAUAUGUACAUGCUUGGGCAGUGGUUUGCAGUGGUUAGGAAUGUGCUGGUGCCAUCAUCACGCAGUAGUGAGCAACGAGUGCAGCCUCUGGUGGCACUCCAGAGCCCCAGCUCUAGCUAAAGUCCUAGCCUUAGCCUUAAAGGACGCUCAGCUGGUGGCACUGUUACUGUUUUCAGCCUUCCGCAAUAGCUUGCAUUAAACCAACUCCCACCAUCAAAUACCAAACCAGCUCAAAUGCAACACUACCCUCUUCAGCGAUAGACCUGCUACAAUGGGUUCUUUUAACAGUAUCAUAGAAGAACAAUUUUGUAAAAGAGAUGCAACCUAAUUUGACAAAACCAUCUCUUAAUUAUACCAGAUAUGGUUACUUGGUCCAGACUGUGGUUCGCAGCACCUUUCAAACAUGUUAUUUUGGUUAAGACCAAAACUAAAAAGGCAGAAGGUCUGAAAGCACCCUAACAAAUAUGCUCCGUUUAUGCAGCACUCAAAGAAUCCAUUUAUUUAAAUAAGCAUCCUUUUCUCUCCCACUGCGGUCACCAUUCUUUACAGAUGACAUAAAGACCUUGUUUACACCUGGUCACUUAAUAUGACUAGAACCUGGACUUAAGAUUUUAGCCACAUGUGUUUACGAUUAGUCAGACUAAAAUAUAAUUGCUCUGUGGAAUGGAAUAUACAAAUUGACUCAAUGUGCAACAAUUUGACUAAUUACUGGUAGGAGUUUUGUUUUUUGAAUAUGUCUUAAAGAGACUGAUGUGUUUAAAACGUGGCUCAAAUGCAUCUCAGAAACCCUACUAAAGUCCUUUGAGCAUUCAAAUUUUUAUGUUUUAAAUGCACCUUGGUAUAUGGCUUGGCCUUACACAGUUAUAAUCCUAAUACUCGAGGCUCAAGAAGUGAGCAGGUGUAAACAGGGCUGAAGGGAAUCGGGAUUGGGGAGAAGUCUGCCUUGUUCAGAGUGUUAAACAAGCUGUGAUUUCCAAAACUGUGCAAUUCACUUCCAUUUCACUGAUGCUGUUAGUCCUAUCAGAUAUUUGUAACUGACAGAAAUGGAAGUAAAACUCUAGCAUCAAACGUUUUUAGAUGUCAUUUUGAAGUUUUACAAGUUGCAUUUGAGACCUCUCACCUUUUUCUAGCAUUCUGUGGAUGUGGUAGUGCAUAUGCAAGGUUAAGACGAAGAAGAAGAAGAAUAGAAAGUUAAAUAAUGAUUGGUGUAUGGCGUCAGAUUGACACCCUUUUCUUCUAAAGUAGUGAUGCUCCUCGUUCGAGAUUAUGUAGCUCUCAAUGCUCUCUUUUGAAUGUCAAGGGCUCAUUUGUGAACCUCAAGUGGUAUUCCGUGGUGUGGUAAAGUGGUGAACCGUGACGAGCAGUGAUUUUCAGAGAUUUCCAGACUGUUUUGAAACAUCCAAAGGGAUUUAUUUUGUCUCGGUUUAGUGGGGCUAAAACGUAGUUCCCAAAACAAAGGUGCUUCUGUGUCAAUUCUGGUAUAUCUCCGUAUUAUGUUAUUGUUUUAUUUUAUUUUUUUAGAUGACACCUUGUAAUAAUCUUAUUGCAUGUUUGAGUGAUUGAUUACAUGUACAUAGAUACAUAGACGUAGUUGAAAAUGGUCGUGGUCUGCAGAGAGUUUAUACAGUUCAUACAGAGACAACCAUCUGUUACACUAGAAAGAAACUGAAAAAUCCCUGAAGCGGAACAUUUGGAAUUUUGUGCCUCUGAAAAAGACUCUUAAACGCACUGAAUGAGUGAGUGGCUGUUGACCAAGUAGAUUCAGAACAUUGUGGUGGAUGGUGCAGUGUUGAAUGCAGAGUUGAGAGGUUUUUUUUUAUUAUUAAGUAAAAAAAGAAAGAUGCUACGAAUGUAUGGUUACCAAGGUUUGUGGACCGCCUAAAUUUGAUAAGCUAGAAUACUGCUGAGACUAAAUGCUCCUAAAUGGGCAAGUCUACCUUCUAGACUGUAGCGAGGGAGCUAAACAUGAACCCAGUCUAUGCUGGGGAGUGGGGCGACAAACAGACUGCACAGUGCACGUGUUGUAUAUGAAUCUGAAUUGAAUGGGUAUAAAGAUGGCAUACGCUAUUGUGUCCGUGAGAGUGGCCUUGAAUUGAAUUCUAAUUCUACUAAUUGGGUGUCUUCAUGAAAACUUUCAUGAUUUUUCACAAUUUUUUCUUUUCAAAAAGUGUGCACACAGACUGCCGCAUGAAGGUUACAGCCUAAGCAGUGUUGGGGAGAUGCUGCGUUGCUAUGCUAAUAGCUGAGAUGAAUUAAGUUUGUAGAAUUUUAAUGCUGCAGUUUUCAUUCAGCAGCCUGCAUUCAGCUUGAUUUAAGUACAGUUGUAAAGGCUCUGAGUGGCUCAGCAGACCAACACGCUGAUAUUGUGACCCGAAGGUCAAGGGUGAGAGCCUAAGAGAGCAUGAAUGGUCAUGCUUUUACUCCACACGUGAGUAGACUGCGCUCUUUUCUCCCAUAACUUUCAUUGUGAUGCUGGUUGGCACUGGCGUCUGUCUUUUUUUUUUUUUUUUGGCAUUUUCUCACCAAUUUACAUGUAAACUCACUAUUAGGACACCCCCUAUUACUAGUAAUGCCCCAACACCAGGAGGGUAAAGACUAGCACAUGCCUCCUCUGAUACAUGUGAAGUCAGCCACCGUCUCUUUUCAUGUUUAAAGGAAAGCGCAGUGACUCGGUUCCUAUACAUCAGCUCACAGACGCCUUGUGCUGAUCGACAUUGCCCUUUAGAGUGAUGUGGGCAAAGAGCGCCAUCUACUGCCACCCAGAGAGAGCAAGGCCAAUUAUGCUCUCUCGGGGCCCCGGUAGCCGAUGGCAAGCUAUGUGAACAGGAUUCGAACCGAAUACUUUACAUGUAUUGGAGUAGGCAUGUGCUUGUCCUCACCUUCCAUCCUAGUUUCUAAAAGCAUUGUCAGUGCUAAGGAGAGUCAUAGUGAGUGGGUGGGUUAAUAGGCUAAUCUAAAUCAGGAAAAGAAUUGGGUAAAAAUAGCUCCAAAGUACUUUGAAGGCUAUUUGUUUGUACUUUUUAAUACCAUUUACGUUUCUGCCCACGCUGCUUCGCUGUACCAGGUGAAGAGUUGCUGGUAGCGUAUGUAGUGACAUGUCUGGAGUAGUUUCUCCAACACUGAGCCAAAGUGCUAUUUCUUUUUACUUAAGCUUGAUAUAUUUUGCAUUGUGGUGUAAAGCUUGCACAGCUUAAGCCGGAAGGACUGUUUCUUUUGUUUAAAAAAAAAAAGAAAAAGAUAUGUAUCUCAUCGCUAUCCUGCAAAAACCUUGUAUCUCCAUUUUUUGGUGGUGGUUUUAUUUGACUUUUUGAAAUAAUGAUUUGAUUGUGUCAAAUGUCUAUUUACAUAUUGUCAGAAUGUAUAGAGAAAAACUGGGCCAAUACAAAUGUUCUGAAAACACUUGGAAUAUUUUUUUUUUUACGUAGACUUAUAUUAAAAAGUUAAAAAUAUUUAUCCUUCUCCUGUUAAUAAAAAAAAUGGGGAUACAAGGUUUCUUGUAUAACAGUGGUGAUGUGCACACAUACUCAGUGAUGUUUCUUUCAAUUAUUCACAUUGAGAGUUAUGAAUUUGUUUGAAUUCUCAAGUUUUAUUGUCAUUUAUUUUUUUUAACUCCAACAAAGCACACCCUUAACUAAAGUCUGAGAUGGAAUGAAGUGGAAAAAAUACACUUUCUCAUUAACUUCAAAACAAAAAAGGACUGACAAACAGUGACUAUGAAAAAGGUGUCCGUUACCCGUGCCACAGCGAGCCUCUGCUCAGAGACAUUUUCACCUUGGGUUCAAGUCGUCUGAUGUGUGACGUGUGUAACUAAGAUUAUUUCUGACUCUGUAGGGUCUGCUGUACAUUGUACAUCUGUAACCAUCAAAUCAUAUUAAACUCAUUUGUAUCCACAACAAGCUGUUACUUCUAACCAUUGGGGGGCGCUAUAGAACAGAUAAAGGGCAGCGUAUGAUUUCUUUAGUAGUUAAUAGAUAAGAUAAUUUAAUUAUUAAAUAUCUAUAAUAUUACAACUUGUCUUUUGUUUGCAAAUAUAUAUAUAUAAUCGCUUCAUUUUGUACCAAGAGAUGAAGUGAGGGGCAUUGUGUUUAUGAAUGCAUACAUUACAUAUUGGCAAGGAUUUUGUAUAUCGUCUCUGUCCUAUGAAAAACACUUCUCCAUUUUUAUCGAUUUCUAGUUUACUACGUAAUUUGAACAGACAAACUGUGUUAAAAUUUCUUGAUGAACAGACCAAUAGAAACCCUUCAAAAUUAUCUGGAAUAAACUCUUUUUACAUUGA